CCUCCAUGGAUGAAUGGGAUGCUCCUCAGUGGAAAAAAGAGAUCGAAAGCCUUAAGUACCAGCUGGCUUACAAGCGAGAGAUGUCCUCCAAAACCAUCCCUGAAUUCCUUAAGUGGAUAGAAGAUGGCAUUCCAAACGACCCGUUUCUGAAUCCAGAACUGAUGAAGAACAACCCCUGGGUGGAGAAAGGAAAAUGCACCCUCCUCUAACCCCUCCCACUCACGGUGGAAAAAUGGCUUCCCUUUGAUGCUCCAGCCUGUGUGAAGGCUGACUCGCCUGCUGUCCUGUUGCUGCUUGCUUUCCUCUAGGGCUAAACUGACCAACUUCCUCCUCCUCCACUUCCGAGAGGGUGGCCAUCAGUCUUUUCCAAAGUUUUCUCUUCAGAUUAAAAACAGAGGCAUGCUGGCCCCAUCACACCCACAUUCUCAGGAACGGGGCUGUGUUUUUUGGGGCCACAGGGAGGCGUCCAGGUUUUCCCCCUUCCUAACUGCUGCAGCACAGAUCACAGAGGGGGAAUCCUGGUGUAUCCUCUCUCAGGAUGAUGUCACUGUCUGCAAACGGAGGGAGGAGAAUCAAUGCAGGGCUGGGGGUUCCCUUCUUCAAUGGGCACUGAAUGGCAGACACAUCCGCUACAGUGGCUUGUUAUGUAUCCCAAGGACACCUCUGUUUAACCCUUCUUAUGUCACAGUACGGUGGUCUGCAGGGCUGACUCUUUGGGAAUUGCUGAGCUAACUUGCCCAAGGAGG